CCUCAGGCUCCGCCCACCCACGCGCCUUUCAACGGCUCUCAGCACCGCCCACAACGGUGUCACCUGAUGCGGGUAAAAACGUACCCCGCCUCCUGUGCCUCGCGAGCCACGCCCCUUUAAUUCACAGUAACCGUGGGACAGCCCCGCCCAAUAGCGCUUUUUCCCCGCCCUCUCCGGUUGUCAUUCCCGCUGGUCCCCGCCCACUGGGCGGAGCGUGGAGUCCGUCUUCCCUCUUUCCUCCCGGUCGCCUGUGACGGGCAGCAGAGCUAUGGCUCCGGCGGUGGACAGGCCCGGAUACUGGGGGCCCCCGACCUCCACCCUGGACUGGUGCGAGGAGAACUACGCCGUGUCCGGGUACAUCGCCGAGUUCUGGAACACUGUCAGCAACCUGAUCAUGAUCCUCCCGCCCAUCUACGGGGCCGUCCACCGGCCCUCAGGGGACAGACUGGAGACCAGGUACUUGGUGGCCUACCUGGGGUUAGCAGCUGUCGGGAUGGGAUCCUGGUGCUUCCAUAUGACGCUACAAUAUGAGAUGCAGCUUCUGGAUGAGCUGCCGAUGAUCUACAGCUGCAGCGUGUUCGUCUACUGUCUAUACGAAUGUUUCAAGAACAGAAACUCCUAUAAUUAUUUGCUGCUCACCCUUUUAAUACUUUUCAGUGUAGUAGUAACUACCGUUUACUUGCUAUGGCAGGAGCCGGUGUUCCAUCAGGUGAUGUACGGGUUACUGGUGACCUUCCUGGUCCUCCGUUCUGUGUAUAUAGUUACAUGGGUGUACCCGUGGCUGAGGGGCCUGGCUUACACCUCUUUAGGAGUGUUUUUACUUGGAUUUUUGCUCUGGAACGUGGACAACAUUUUCUGCGAUACGUGGAGGGACGUCCGACAGAAGAUGCCCCCUGUUCUCGGGGCUGUGACCCAGUUCCACGCCUGGUGGCACAUACUGACCGGACUGGGCUCCUACCUGCACAUUUUGUUUAGCCUGUAUACAAGGACGCUUUUCCUUAAAUAUCGGCCCAAGGUAAAGUUUGUCUGUGGGAUGUGGCCGGUCCUUAUGGUGGAGUCUCCCAAGAAGCUUUGAUGGAAGAUUAAAAAAAAAAACUAAUAAAAAAGGAGACAGAAAUAACUAAAAA